AUGUCAGUGUUUGGAGAACAUGUGCUCUUUGCUAUUGUGUUUGUAUAUAUAAAGGUAGUGCUGUCAAAUUCUGAUGAGAGUUUGGACCUUGUUGAGUUGAAUCCACCCGACCCUUGGACUGUGGACCCUCGAGAGGCACAGGAACUACAAGCUGGAGAGCUCAUGUGGACAUACAUUACACAUGCGUGUAUGGAACUCAAAACAGGAGUCAAGAGGAUGAUGUUUGAUCCCUGGCUGACAGGACCGGCAUUUGCCAGAGGAUGGUGGCUCUUACACGAACCUCCAUCUGAUCCCAUGGAGAGACUCUGUCAGGCUGAUUUCAUUUACAUCAGUUGCAUGCACUCUGACCAUCUGAGCAGCUUACAGACACGAUCCAGAUACGAACCUUCUGACAUCUUGGGCCAUCUCGAGCCACCAGAACUUCCCCUGAAUGAGUGAGAGGGUACGACCAAUGCCAUGGUGACCAGUGCCAACAGAGGUGUGUAUUUGUUUGA